GUUCCACGUCCUACGCAGUAAGGAGGGAAAAAGAUGAGGAGAAUCGUCGCGCCAGCAGCUUUGCUGACAUCGCUGUUCUUCCUGUCUAUGAUAGGUCUCGCUACGACUACGGCUGCUCCCCAACAUGACCAGCAACUCGCCAACGAUCACCUUGGCCAGCUUUGCAAGCGCGCGGACCGCAACAGUGACGAUCUUCCUCCUUUGCAUCUUGCCCAUCCGGCCAGCAGCGCAUUAAAUCACGAGUCACCCUCAGAUCGCUAUUUCGAGCACGAGAUGGAAGAAGAGAAGCCCGAAGGAGAGGGAAAACUUCAAAAGCUACUUCCGGGCAUUGGAGGCAGCGGUUCUGAAGGCUGGGGGACGAGGAGGAAAAGGACCCCUACGACUAUUUCCAAUCAGCCUUCAUCAUCGGGCCCGUCCUCAACCGCUUCUUCUUCGUCUUCUUCUUCUUCGUCCGACUGUUCUCCGCCUUCCUCUCCCAUGGGGAUUUCCGGCGCACAAGAAAGUCGGAGGGCCUCACAAAAGGGGAAGGGCCUUCGCGGUUGUCGUAAAGCCAAAGAGAACUUUGAGCACAUCACUCGGUUUGUGGAGGAAUCCUGUUCGGGCUUGAAGAGCAGUAAGAAGAAAAAGAAGAAGAGGGGCGGCAUUACGGUUUACAAGCUCAUGGCAGAAGACCCAGGAAUCCCGCAGGAGCAUAAACUCACCGAAAAACAAUAUGAAUAUCGGCGAUCAAAGAUAAAAAAGGCGAUUGACAGUAUCAAAGAAAUCAAUCCGAGAGAGGAUAGUACCAAUGCAGAGAUCGAGAUGUGCCUAAAAAUCCUCCAACCUUGGGACAAGACCGAAAUGGACCGAUGGGACAACUACUUCGCCUGCAGAAAAAGGCAUCGCAUGAGGGGUCGGACGAAAUACGCCGAAGACGCGAGAGGCGUGAACAAGAACGUCUUGACAAGGAUUGGGUUCCACAACCUCAUGACAAAGAACGCCAUGAACAAGUACAGCCUAAACAGGAACACCAUGAACAAGUACAGCCUGAACAGGAGCACCAUGAACAUGAACAAGAACGUCUCGAGAGAAGGGCAAAGAGUCGGACAGGAAGGAGAAAGACACAAUGUCGACGCAGAGAAGUUGAAAGAAGCCCAUGACCAGUCUUGA